AUGAGCUAUGAAGAAAAAGAAGGCGGGUCAUCGAGGAGGGAUCGGCCCGAGUUUCCCGCCGAUGCACCAUACGAUUUGCAGAUUGACGAAGAAAGGAGGAAAAUGACCGAAAAUCUGCUGGAACUUCUGCGAUAUGUCACUGGAUGGACAAAUACACCCCCUGAUACUUUGCUGAGACCUGAAAGAAGAGAGUCAUUUGGCCUCGACUCACCAAAAAUCGUCCCAUCGACGAGCAUCGCUUCAUCGUCUUUAGAAAGACUUUCGGCGUCAAGUUCUCAGCCAGACUCUACCCCUUCGUUGGUUGGAUUACCCACACUUUCUUCACUGUCUCCUGAUUCGUUUUCACCAGAAGAAGUUGCAGCAUUGGUGGAUAAAAUUCUCACCAAUAACUUAUUAACGCAGACAGAAAGUCGAAAUUUUUGCAAAAUUUUAUCGCGUUCUUUCGAUCAUUCCGCGCAACUGGAUCGCUUGAUGGGCAUAUCGCCGGGAAAAAUUCCGCCACUCAUCGAAAACAAUUCGAAAGUCUCGACCGAAGUUCUAAGCUACAUUCUCAAAUUUGAAAAGGACCGGAUAAAUACGAUUAUUGGUGUUCUAAUGACGAUGGAUUUCUCGGUUCAAUGUGCAGAUCUGAUUAGGAAGGUUUACAAGAUGGUACCUGAUCUGCCAGUCGAACCAUUAAUAAUCUACAUUCGACAUCUAUUUCAAGUUUGUCAGGAUUCAAGCAAGCCAUAUCUACAGAUACGACUCGUCAGAAUUACAGCAAUGCUCGUAGCGACUCUAUUAAAGGAUAAAGUGAUUAAAACAGAGGAGCUCUACGCCGACAUUAACAUGUUUUGUCUACAAUUUGCCUCAAAUCAUGCAACCUCAAAAGUUAUGCCAGAUGCAGAAAAUGAGCGAGAAAAUAUGGAUGGAUCUGUGUUUCUGAAGUUUCUUCGAGAAUUGAAUGAGGAUGAACGUUUCACCCUCCUUUCCACCCCAUCUUCUGCUUUCUUCAUCUUCCGGAUGCUUCCUGAUUAUGCGCAAACGAUUGUCUUGAAGCUAAUAUGGCAUUCAAAUAUUUUCAAUGGUUCUUUAACGGAAAGCUCAGGGAUCAUUCAAAAACAUUUAUCCAUUCUUCAACAAUGCGAAAUUAUCGAAAAGAAACACAAUAAAAUUGAAGUACAACCACACUUUCGUGAAGCUUACCUGAAAGCUUCGGUUUUGGGUGCUUUUGGAUGUUCCGGCUUGAGAAUCGUUCCCGAAGGCGACGAGAAGAAAGCAAAGAAAGAUAUCAAUAAAAACAGCACAGAACGAUGGGAAUUGGUUCUGAGAUACCUGACCAUGCCACUGGACCAAAAUUUAACCAACAUCUCGACAACGACGAGGCAACUCUUCGAUGCUGCAGGUUUCACAGCUUCAUCUGAUGGUUCACCAGAGCUAACUUCGAGCGGGUUUCAAUUUCUCUUGCUGAGCCCGGUUCAACAAAUGUGGACAUAUGUGAUAGAAUACCUGAAGCUGGAGAAGGCUAGGGAGCGCAAAGUGGUUGCAGUUUUGGAUUUGUUGAUUCGCAUUAUUUUAUGUGCUGACUCAAGGGGUGAUUCGGAAAUGGGAUAUCGGCCUUUUCAUUUCGAAGAAACGUGGAGUGAACGACAAAACGAAUUGAUCCUGCAUUUGAGAGAGCUCGGAUUGCUCUAUAUUCGGAAACGAAAAGAUGGCCAUUUCUUCUUGACACCGUUGCUCUCGAACUUGACCAUACCUUCAGAUGAUACAGAUACGAGUAUGAAACGGCGAGAAGGAUGCCUCGUUUUAGAGACAAAUUUUCGACUCUAUGCCUACACAUCCUCAAAUUUGCAAUUGUCGAUCAUUUCAAUCUUUGCCGAGAUAUUAUACAGGUUUCCCAAUAUGUCGGCGGCUAUUUUGACGCGGGAAUCGGUUCGCAAAGCUCUACAGGUCGGAAUCACGGCCAAACAAAUUAUCAUCUUUCUUCGGAUGAACUCGCACGCAAAUGUUGUCACGAAAAACGGGCCUUUACACUGUGUGCCGAUUACCGUCGCCGAACAGAUACAACUUUGGGAAGAGGAGAGAAGACGACUCAAAUUCCAAGAUGCAGUUCUUUAUUCGGGCUUUGAUUCGGCGCGCGAGUAUGAAGGUGUCAAGCAAUACGCAGAAGAAAAUGAGAUUUUGCUACAUUCGAAUGAAGCACAUAAUCAGAUGGUAGCCGUGGUCAGCGAAGAGGGUCACGAAAAAGUAAAAGAAUGGUGGAAAGCUUCAAAGCACACCUUUAAUCAA